AUGCAGAGCAGCUUAUCGGAGAGUCGCAUUCGCCAUUCUAGCAACAGUGCCGAGCAGCUCGUCCUGGAAGGCGUCGACCAGGACAAGCAUCUUUGGCAUGGCCGUGAGGCGGCUGCAGCUACUGUACACAACUAUGCCGCCGAUAUGCAGGGGGCCGUGCGCGGCACGCUGGGUAUGGUGCAAGGUGUCAUCUUCCCAUGCAUGGGCAACAUCCUCGGUGUGAUCCUCUUCCUACGAGGCCCCUGGAUUGUUGGGAAGGGAGGCAUCCUCGAAGCCUUCGGCGUGGGUCUGGUGUGUUGCACAUGUACAUUUCUUACAACACUCAGCCUCUCCGCAAUCGCCACGAACGGCAAAAUCGCCGGUGGCGGUGCGUACUACUUGAUUUCGCGGUCUCUUGGCCCAGCUUUGGGUGCUGGCGUGGGGCUUUGCUUCUACAUGGCGAACUCCAUUGGAGCUGCUAUGUACUUCAUGGGUUGUGUGGAGGCUUGGGAGAUUGCACAACCGCAGCAUCAGAUUGGUGAGAUUGGGGACUUAAACAAUGUGCGCCUGACGGGCUAUUUGAUCCUGGUCUUUGCCGUGGUGAUUAUCUUCGGCGGAAUCAAGUAUGUCUCGCGCUUGGGCACCGUUUUCCUUAUGGUGGUCUUGUUUGUGAUCCUCUGCAUGUAUGUUGGCUGCUUGAUUGGCCCAAACGAUCUGCGGCCAGCAACCUACACGGUAGACUUGGUCACCGCAGAUGGCUCCACAAUUGCGAAGACGCUGUCGUGGACAGGUCCGUCUGCGACAUCCUUUUCAGACAACUGGGCUUCUGCCUGGGAUGCGCCUCAGGGUGCCUUUCCCAAGGACACCACAAAGUAUAGCUUCGUGAACAUGAUGGGCCUGUACUUCCCCUCAGUGACGGGGAUCAUGGCUGGUGCCAAUCGCUCGGCGGACCUCAUGGACCCCACUCGUGCCAUUCCGAAGGGGACCCUCUUUGCGCAACUAUCGACAUCCUUCAUCUACCUCUCCUUCAUCUUUGUCUUUGGAAGUUGCGCUCCGCGGGAAACCUUGCUGAACGACAAGUUUUUUGCAUCAACCUCUGCUUUUCCGUUCAAGGAGAUCGUUAUCUACGGCGUCAUGGCUUCCAGCUUGGGUGCGGGCUUAAACUCGCUGGUCUCAGGUACCAAGCUCCUCAGCGCUAUUGCUGGCGAUGGGACUCUGCCCAUCCUUCGUGUUUUUCGAGCUGCUCCUGGAAAAGAACCCCGACUGGCACUGUUGGCGAGUGGAGCCCUCUGCGCUUUGUCCAUCACCAUCGGCGAGUUGAAUGCCAUCGCGCCUCUGCUGACGAUGUUCUUCCUGAUGUGCUACACCUGCGUGAACAUGUCCUGUACCAUCCUGCAUUUCGUUAGUGACCCAAACUGGAGACCGACCUUCCGAUACCACCACUGGUCAAUUUCGCUGAUUGCAGCCGCCCUCUGUGUCUGGAUGAUGUUUGCCAUGGCCGCAGUGAUUGCAAUGGCGGCCAUCCUUUUUUGCGGCUUAAUCCUUGCCUACGCCGCCUACAACUCUGCAAACACCAAGUGGGGUGAUGGCUUCCAGGGCAUGAAGUUCCAGCUGGCAAAGAACAUCCUGAUUGGCAUGGAUGCCAAGCUGCACACGAAGAACUGGCGACCACAGCUGCUGGUUGUCACAGAGCCGAAGAUGAGGCCGCUGAAUUCCACCGAGGGCUCCGCUUUGCUUUUCCCGGAUCUGGGGAUUCUGAAGAUUGCCUCGCAGCUGAAGAACGGUCGCGGCUUCAUUGUGCUGGGUGGCAUUUGUUCAACGAAGGGCCCGGAGAAGCUUCUAUCUCAGGGCGGGCUGUUCCUCAGCGAGAGAAUGUCGGACCAGGUGGCAGAGAGCCACUUCGAGGUGAAAGAGCUGCUGAGGAAGUACAUGAUCGAUGGCUUUGGCAAGAUCGUCUACUCGGAGGACUUCACCACGGCCCUCACGGGUUUGGUGCAGUCAUCGGGCCUGGGGGCAUUCGAGCCUAACUGCGUACUGGCUUCCUGGCCCCGUGAUGCUCUCCAGUCUGGGAAAGCUGGGGUGGACACGCGAGCCAAGCUUGUAAACAUGGUGCAGAUCUCCGCGAUCUUCCAGAAGGUGAUGAUCCUCACAAAGGGUGAAGAGUGGCCUGAGUUCGACGCCCGAAUAACUGGAACCAUCGACAUUUGGUGGAUUGUCGGGGAUGGCGGAGUUCUGUUGUUGCUGCCUUGCCUUCUGAAGAAGCACCGGGUCUGGUCUGGCUGCCGAAUUCGUCUCUUUGUGCUGGCUGACAGGGCUGGCGACGAUGUCGAUCUGAUGCAGCGGGAGCUGGACAUGUAUGUGAGAGACUUCCGGCUCAAUGUGGAAGUCCACAUAAAGGUUGUAGACGAAGUCGUCGAGGGCAGCAUGUCCCCUCGGACAGCCGCCACGACUGCGCAGAAGUUUUUCGUGGACGAUCCGCCCGACGAUACUGUGCCCAGUGAGUAUGAUGAACUGGAAGCUGGAAUGCGUGGACGUCUGAAGGCAGAGCACCAUGAUCAACCUACGCGCGUCACCAGCGGGCAAAGCUUGUCGGACACCCUGAAAACGUGGCGUGGCCGCCAAUUCCAGCGCGAGCGCUCUUUCGACAGCAAAGUGAGCGGCGGCUCCGGUGGUGAGAACAGCAAGAGCAUGAACUCCUACACCUGGUCUGGAAGGCACCGCAGGCAGUUCCCGGAGCGACUCAAGGAGUGGAACACCCCCCAGGACAAUCUGGCCAUGAACUCCAUGACGGAUCCGGGCCCCGGUCCGCCAGCCACCGGCCAGGCAGGCAUGAUGCCGUCGAUCGACCAGCUGAACUUUGGUGAUGAGAGGCAGAUUUCCUCGGACAGGCACAUCACAGCGGCAUCCAACCAAAACGGGGUGACGUCUGACAUCUCCGGGGCGAACUUCCAGCGCCAAGUCAGUGGCAACGAAGGAAAGCGCACCCUCUUCUUGCACGACGCACGGCAGCUGACCACCACGUCGCCGUGCUCGCCCGAGGAGCUGUCAGUGGUGUCGGUCUUGAACAAGGUCAUCCUGGAGGAGUCCGAGGCGGCAGACUUGGUGUGCACCAACCUGCCAGACAUGCCCCCAUCUGACAGCGCCCUUGGUUAUUGCCAGCUGGUCGAGGCAAUGACUGCCAACAUGAAGCGCGUCAUCUUGGUGAGAGGUACAUCGAGUGAAGUGAUCACAGCCUUCACUUGA